CCUGGCAUUGCUCGAACCACGUGACUGCUGAGAAGACCAUGGCACUAGUGUCUAAUGCCAAUACUCUUAAAAACAAAGAAAAUACAACGACUGCCUUAUCACUUGAGCAAGAAAAUGAGUUAAAAUUGGACGUCAGUUCUAUUGAAGAAGAUGAUUCUAGUGAAGAUGGAAAAGAAAAAGCAGAAACUGAGUCUCAAGAAAAAAACCUGCAAAAGAAAGAGCAGACAACUGAUGCCUCUGGCUCUGAAUCGGCACAUUCUCCAAACAAGAUAGCAGGAACUGCCGCUGAGAGCAGUUCUCCAGAAAAGCCUGCAACAUCAACAGAAGAAGAUCUGCUGCACGAUGUUGGAUUUACCAUCACUAUCAAGCCUCCCACUGGUGAAUCAUUUGAGAUUCAGGUUAGCAGCCUGGAGCUUGUGCAAGAAAUUCAUCAGCUGCUCAUGGAUCGUGAGGACACCAGCCAUCGAACUUGCUUCUCCCUCUACCUUGAUGAUGUUAAGCUUGACAAUUUUGCUGAACUGAAGACCAUUCCAGGUCUCAAAGAGGGGUGUGUCUUGCACAUCAAAGAGAACCCGUACACGGUGCGGGAGGCUCGCAUCCACAUUCGUCAUGUGCGUGAUCUGCUCAAGAGUCUCGAUGAUGUUGAUGCGUACAGUGGAACUGAGUGCGCGUCACUGGCCUUCCUGAACAUUGUGACUCAGGGCGAUAUUGUUGUAGAAAAGAAGCGCAGCGUUGUCGAAUCAGUGGACUGCACUCCCCCUGACUACAUCCUGCCAGGCAGUAAGGAUCGUCCUCUUCUUCCUCUGCAACCUUACAGCAAAGAUACCAGGACACCGCAGUGCCUCAAGAUCUUAACGACUAGUGCUUGGAAUCCUCCUCCUGGCCCCCGCAAGCUGCAGGGAGACUUACUCUACCUGUUCCUGGUCACGGCUGAAGGCUACAACUGUCAUAUCACUGCCUCGCCCUGGGGUUUCUACCUCAACCAGACCACUACUGAAGAGUUUAACCCAAAGCCUGCAACACCGUGUUACCUGAGCCACUCCCUGGUGGAGCUUCUGAACCAAGUUUCUCAGACCUUCAAGCGAAACUUUGCUCUGUUGCAAAAGAAGAGACUCCUGCGCCAUCCGCUUGAACGCGUGCCUUGCCCGUACCAAGUGUUCUCAUGGACAGCCCCCUCUUUGGUUCACACCGUUGAUGCCAUCCGCGCUGAAGAUGCAUUCAGCAGCAAACUUGGUUACGAAGAACACAUUCCUGGUCAGACGCGGGACUGGAACGAAGAGCUGCAAACUACCCGCGAGCUGCCGCGCCGAUCUCUACCUGAGCGCUUGCUGCGGGAGCGCGCUAUUUUCAAGGUACACAGCGACUUUGUGUCUGCAGCAACCAAAGGUGCCAUGGCUGUGGUUGAUGGUAAUGUAAUGGCUAUCAAUCCUGGCGAGGAUCCUAAAAUGCAGAUGUUCAUUUGGAAUAAUAUAUUCUUCAGUUUAGGAUUCGAUGUGAGGGAUCAUUACAAGGAGGUUGGGGGCGAUGCGGCAGCGUUUGUAGCGCCUCGAAAUGACCUACAAGGAGUGCGUGUAUACAGUGCCACUGACACUGAAGGCCUUCACACUCUUGGCACUGUGGUUGUUGACUACCGGGGCUUCCGCAUCACAGCGCAGUCUAUCAUUCCUGGCAUCUUGGAGCGGGAGCAAGAGCAGAGUGUAGUUUAUGGCUCCAUCGAUUUUGGCAAGACCGUAGAGACGCACAGUAAGUACAUGGACUUGCUCCAGAAAGCUGGGCAGCAACUGAAGGUCUUGCCCCACAAGGUCCUCAAUGACAAAGGAGUUGAGGUUGAGCUCUGCUCGUCAGUUGAAUGCAAAGGCAUAAUCGGCAAUGACGGUCGUCAUUAUAUCUUGGAUCUACUGCGUACCUUUCCUCCAGAUGUGAAUUUCUUGGAUCUUGCGUCUGAAAUAGAUUAUCCAUCUGCAUGCAAGAAACUGGGCUUCCCUAUCCGCCAUCAACACAAGCUAUCAACUCUCCGCCAGGAGCUUGUAGAUGCGUUUGUUGACCAUCGCUACAUGAUGUUCCUUAAGUAUGCAGCAAUCCAUCUUCAGCAGCUCACUGCCAAGACUUCUGAUCCUGCUAAACUACAGCAACUUAAAGCAAUUGAUGAAGAGAAAAAAACAGAAGAAGAGCCAGUGGUCAAUCAGCUUCAAAUUAAAGAUGGUGAGACGAAGGACAACAAAGAAAUUGAAGCUGAUGAGGCGAAGAAAAUAGUCGAAAACGUUACCGAAAGCAUUGCUGCUGAGAAGCAAGUCGAGGAAAACACUCGCGACAUAAUCAAAAAAGCAUCUGCAGCUGUUGGGUCGCUGAAAGAGUCAGACUUUGAUAUCCGCUUCAACAGUGACGUAUUCUCUCCCGGAGUGAAGCACGCUGAUGCCAAUAGCACGCGCUUCAAGAGAGAGCGACAGCUCGUGGUGGAUGCGGCAGAGUUCCUCGUGUCAGUGCAACUGCCAAGUAUGGUGCAUGACCUCACUGACCACUCCUCCGCCCCUACUGAUGGCCCUACACUGUGCGAGGCCAUGCAUUCUCGUGGAAUAAACGUCCGUUACCUCGGAAAGCUGGCAAACAUGCUAGCUAAGAUCCCUGAACUUAGCUAUGCUCACUCCAUCGCUGUUGGGGAAAUAAUCUUCAGGUCUGUGAAGCAUAUACUCACCAAGUACAUCCAGGGCGUUGAGAGCAUCACUUUAUCCACUGGUAUUUCGCACUUCUUGAAUUGCCUUCUUUGCAACAGCGUACCGCGCGUGAACACUUCUAAAACUGACGAACUUUUGUCUAAAAAGAAACGCAAGAAGAACGUGAGCAGUAUGCCUGAGUGGUCAUUGUUGACACCUCGAUCUUUGUGGCAACAAAUCAAACACGAAUGUAAGAGGUACUUUGGUUACGACCUUCUCUGCGACUCUAUCGAGAGUGCAAUUGAAAAAUUUGGUUUGCAGAAGAUUUCGCUUCUGCGGACCGUUUGCCUGCGCUGUGGCAUCCAACUGAAGCUUCGGGAUUACUUCGGUCGGAGUCCAGAUUUCUUCUCUGAAGACGACGUCAUCAAUCUGUUCCCAAUCGUGAAGCACAUCAAUCCCAGAGCGAGUGACGCACUCAAUCUGUACACAGCAGGCCAGACCAAAAUCCAGCAGGGCUUCUUGAAAGAUGGCUACGAGCUGAUCAGCGAAUCGCUAAACCUUCUGAACAACGUGUAUGGUGCCAUGCACCCAGAAAUUGCUCAGUGCUUACGAAUGCUUGCACGUCUAAACUACAUCAUGGGCGACUACACAGAUGCAAUGUGCUACCAACAAAAAGCUGUCCUCAUGAGUGAGCGCGUGAAUGGCAUCGACCACCCUUACACCAUCACCGAAUACACUCAUCUUGCACUCUACUGCUACGCCAACCAGCAGGUCAGCGUCGCACUCAAACUUCUGUACCGUGCGCGCUAUUUGUUGCUACUUGUGAGUGGUCCUCAGCAUCCAGAAGUGUCUCUUGUUGACUCAAACAUCGGCCUCAUUUUGUAUGCAGUAGGCCAGUACAGCCUGUCUCUGAAUUUCCUUGAGAAUUCUCUCGCCCUUAACAAAAUCUUCUUUGGAGAGAAGAGCCUCAAAGUGGCACUGAGUUAUCACUUGGUGGCUCGAACCCAAAGUUGUUUGGGUGAUUUCAGAAGUGCUCUCAGGAACGAGAAGGAAACCUUCACCAUUUAUAAAUCGGAGUUGGGAAUGAACCACGAGAAAACGAAGGAAUCUGAUGAGUGCUUGCGUCAUCUGACGCAGCAAGCUGUUGUAAUGGCCAAGAAAAUAAGCGAGGCUUACAACGGAAAACCCUCCAAUCAGUUUGGAUUACCGCCAAUCCAAAUUCAAGCUCCUGCUCGUUGUUCAGUUCUUGAGAUGCUCAAUGUCAUCAACGGAAUUCUCUUUGUGCACAUCACACCCGCUGAAAUUGACAAAGUUAAGGAAGAGUUGGAGAAAGGUGCAAGUGGACAAGCGUUGCUGGAAAAAGGAACUCAUCUUAGUGAGAUCGAUGUCUCUGAAAAGGCUAUCACUGAAGAAUCGAGAAAACCAGAACAGGUUGCUCCAAAAGACGGCUGUAAGGUAAACGGCGUCGUGGAGUCAUCUGACAAAGAGAAUGAGCCUCCGGUGAGUAUAGAAGUUCGGUGAAACCUUUCAAUUUCAUUUGUUGCUUUUUCAACGUUAAAAACUAUUUGUUUAGAUCUUACGAAGUGGUACAAUUCGUCAUGGUAGAUUCGAGAGACUUGUGACCAUUCUCCUAACAUGCAUUUAUUUUGUGACUAUCGCACAUCCUCUCCUUGCCAGUUUUUAUCACAAAAAUUAUUUGGGUGUCACAUUCCAGGCUGAUUGAUGAUUAUCAGUUCUACGGCGAUCCAAAAUGUCCAGUUUAUCCCACGAAAUCAGUCCGCGUUGUACUUAAUAAGAUUAUCGAAAGCUGUAGCAUAGGGAGAACUCGCAACACUUCGAGUUUCCUGUUAAUAGGGGAAGAGAACAUUGUACUGGUGAAUGAAGUAGCAAGGUACAGUUGCGACUCAAAUCAUUUUGAUUGCAAAGUUCCUUGUAGCCGAGCCCAAUACUUGCACGUACUUCUCGGUUCAGCUGCAAUGCCAGCAGAGAACUGAGGCCCAGAUCCUACAUGCCUUUGUAAAUUUAUUCUUGUAUCAUAGUCACUUGUACAGAUGGGAUGCGCCCGACUCUUUUGGCAUUGCUGUGAACCGUUAGUCGCGCCACGACUGUACUGUACCGUGCAAUUGUUCUUGUUGACCGUGCUGGCCAAGUCUUGUAUCGUUUUAGACUUCAUGGCGGCUAAAGGUCUAACAUGUCCUCAGAAAUGUGAGGGGUAAGUGCUAAAUGGAGACGUCCCAGUUCUAUUACAAGGUAAUGAUCAGGGGAGGUUGUGUUUAGGUUGAUUUUAAAAUGAGGGCUACGGCAUGUUGCGAUAUCCGUUUCUUUCAAGUUAAUUGUGUUCUGCUGAGUUACCCGUACUUAGCUUCUUAUUUGUAACCAAUCGAAGGUUGAAAGGAAUAACGGUGCAAUUUUUUUGUUAUGUUCACAACUCCUAAGUUUUUGCUGUGAUUUGGUGAGCGCUGCUGUGUUCUGCGUGAUACGUUAAGACAGUCUCGAGUCAAUAAGCCUAUACCAGUGUUCCUCGCUUAUGCCUAUACAUUAUCAUCUGCCCCUUCAAGGGGGAGGAGAGAGUUGUGCCAUAAGACAUCGUGAUGAGUUGUUUAUAGCUUGACUUGCACUUGUUGAUGUUUUGAUCUUUUGUUUUAUCUUGAAGCAAGGCGUUUCGUACGUUCAUCCACGAUAAAAUGAAAGCCGAUUUCAAGUGAUUGUGUUAUCUGUGUUGAUGUUUGCUUGAAGUUUCUGCUGUUGAAAAAAACGUAUGUUGAAUUUAAAACGUUACAACGUCGGUGUUUUAUCAGAUAUUGUCAUAGUCGGAUUUGAACAAGUCGAUAUUGAUGAAUCAGUUUGUCACCAUUGUAGUACGAUACUAGUGAUACUCAAACUGGAUUUUGAUCUCUCUAAUUACAAUCGGUCACAUUGGGCGAAUGCUCAAGUUGUUAUUCCGUAUAUUCACGAUUCCUGAUAUUAUUUUCAUAUCGUACAAAGUUAAUCCAUUAAAUUGAAGACAAUAGAAGAGAAUAUUUUUUAGUACUUGCGCUUCUUGGUUCCUUAAGGUCGGCCCACUUGAAAAUAAUUGAACGAUCGGGAUUCUUGGAGCACAAGUUGCGUGCUGCAUUCUUUUCAUUACUCCUAAUGCGGCAGCACAAUAUCUGUUGAAAAAUGCAAAUUCGAAUGUAACCCUCAAGAUUAUGUGCCAUAGAUCUAUGCAAUGCCACUAGCCACAUAUCGACGAUAGUUCUCCUUAAUCGAUGCACUCAUCGUUCCGUUGUCGGCUUCUUUCUUCCUUGGCAUAGCAUAACUAUCAUAUAGAACGUAGAAAAAUCAGUAAGUAGAUCUCAUCGCAUGCUUGCUGUACAGAAGUGGGCUUCCCGCGAGUUAUUUUGACUCCGUGCUUCCAUAAACCUGCUACUACUCAACCCCUGCUACCACUGAUCAGUUUGUUGGGACGAUGGAAGCCCAGUGUAUUUGUUGGGUUUGUUGGCCUUUUUACACGUUUGACUGUUUGAAGUGCAGUCGGUUACUAAGAAUGUCUAACGGAUAUGGUUAGUCAAUGUUUUUUGCGCCAUGGCUGUCUUCGCCGGUCACCGUAAGCAUAUUUGCGUUGCUGUGCAGACUUGUAUCCACUUUAUUGUCGAAGUUAGUCUGUGUGUUAAUUCAUAUUGAUGAGACCGGUUUUGAGGUAUUUUUCUAGGAUGUGUGUGGUGCGAUUACUGUUCUGCAUACGUCGAUUGUUAUUAUUCUAUCAUGUCAGCCCUGCAAAGUCCGUGAAAUUAUUGCAGCUUUUCGUCCAUUUUACAAGUUGGAAGUAAUAUAGGAAAACCCAUUGCAUGCGGGUUUCUACUCUGGUCAUUUCUGCUUGGAAUUUUAAUGAUCUUGUCUGUUCGUCUGCGACGAGCGAAGCGUUUCUUUCACUUUUUUUUCCGUUAGCAUCCCGAUAAGCGAGCCUGUCCGUCGUGAAAUUAGAUGCACCACUGACUACUAGUCGUAUUCCCCAUAAUGUAACACAUUUUUCUACUGGUAGCCGACAUGAAUUUCCGGUCUGCUUAUUCACGAGGCAAGAUGUGUCUCAUCACCGCAUGACGGCUUCUGCAUGCAAAGUGUUAUAAAGUUGAAUGCAUGUAUGUUGUGAUCGUCGACAUGCGUCUGCAUCGAGAAAACUCAUUUCCUUAUUGAAGUUGUUUCAUGUCCGUGAUGCCGUAGGAACGAUCAUUAUAAUGCGGUAGAAAUAUUUCUCGAUGCACAAUGUUAUUAGUGCAACACGUUCGUCACAGAGCUGUUGCAACGAAAUGUGAGCUCCUCCAGCUGGUCAUGAAACGUGUCAGCCCCACCUCAUGCGUGGCUGUAUAGCCGCCCAGUCUACUAUGUUAUCUAGCUACAGAAUGUAUUGUUCAACUGUAGAUAUCAAUACAAUUCUGACUC